GCCAGCAGAAAGAUCCAAUUCACAAGCCAGUUUGCUACCCAUCACGAGUUCUUUAGAGAUUAUGUUUCCCAUGACAAGAACAAGUUCCACAUCACACCCAAACGUGUGAGCAAAAUCGCACAAGCUAAGAGGCCAUUUCCCACCUCGACAGCACAUGAGUAGCUUUGCUGUCAAGAUUCUUAAUGCUUUCCCCUCUCAAUCGUUUUGCAUUUCCAUCGCCAAUCGUCCAUUAAGCUAUAUAUAAGCAGGACAAGAUAGCCUUACGAGGUCAGAUCUCAAUCAAGCAACUCAUCCUGAUUUGUCUUCCCCUUCAAUAGGCAAUCAAUCAGGUAAAUGGCCGAUCAAGCCUUCCAACUUCGAUCCAUCAGCUUGCCCUCCAGAUCCCACCCAGCCGCUGCCCAAAUCGAAGAAGAUCUGCGCAAGCUUAGAGCUUGUUUGGAUUUAUCAACGACAGAAACAGUGUCGGACGGUCUCAGACGGCUCGGAGAUGUCUACGACGUCAUCGAUAAGCUUCUGAGCUUGCCCUGCAACCAGCAACACCUCGGCCAUUCGAACCAAAGGAAAUGGGUGGAGGAGGAGCUCGAUCUCUCUCUCCGGCUCCUCGACCUAAGUGGCGCAAUUAGGGACGGCCUGACCUCCACCAAGGAGCAUCUGCAAGAAAUUCAGUUCUCUCUUCGGAGAAAAUCUUGCUCAGAUGUCAAGAGCCAAAAAACUCAUCACUACGACUCGACACGUAUUCGUUUCAUAAAGAAGGCCAUUGCGAAUUCAUUGAGAUCAUUGAAGAAGCAGAUGGAGAGCAGCAACAAACGCGCACCUUGCUCCGCCGUGGGCGCCAUCUUAGCAGAGACGAGGGAGAUUUUGAUUUCCCUACUCCAGUUGGCUUCCUCAUUCUUGGCGACACCGACGACAAAUCAAAAGGCCAGCAGGUGGGCUUUUGUAUGCGAGUUACUACACACAAAGGUGGAUUGCGAGAAGAAUGAAAUUGGAACGAGAGAGGAAUUCGUGGACGCUCUCUGCGAAAACAUUUUUGAUUUGGAGUCCGGAUUGGAAUAUUUUUUCAGGAAGUUGAUCCAAAAUAGGGUUUCUCUCCUCAACAUCCUCAGCUUUUAG